AUGUCUUCCUCUUGUCUCUCCUCUCUCUUCGCAUUUUCCAGUCCUGCACCCAUACAUCUCUCAUUCUCACCAACUCUCCUUAUACCAGUAGAGUCGACUCCUGGAAUGCCCACAAUUUAUCAGUUAGGCCACGAGCCAAUCAAGGACCAUGUCUUCUUCCCCGACCACAAAACUCUAGUAGUUACAAAAGAUAACACAGUGGAGUUGUACAAAGUCGAAAAUGCAAAUUCGACUCCUCAAUUGGUGGACGUCUUGAGAGGUCACGACAAAACUGUUACGUCUGUGGACAUUUCUCCCGACGGAAAACGGAUCCUUACAUGUUCCCAAGACAGAAACGCCUUGGUUUGGGAGAAAAAAUCGGGCGAAUACAAGCCUACAUUGGUAUUGUUGAGAAUCAGCCGGGCAGCUACCGUUUGUAAAUGGUCACCUUCUGGCAACAAGUUUGCAGUAGGAUCCAGCGACCGUGUUGUGGCGGUGUGCUACUAUGAGGAAGAGAACGAUUGGUGGGUUUCAAAGCAUUUGAAGAAACCUUUGAAGUCCACUAUAACCACCAUUGCAUGGCACCCCAACGAUGUGCUUUUGGCGUGCGGAUCCACUGACGGUCAUGUCAGGGUGUUUUCAGCUUAUAUCAAGGGAUUGGAUGCCAAACCGGAACCCACACUUUGGGGGUCCAAGUUACCGUUCCAGACCUUGUGUGGUGACUUCACCAACGAGACCAGAGCGUGGAUCCACGGUGUUGCCUUCAGUCCAUCUGGCGACGUGUUGGCGUACGUGGGCCACGACGCUUCGUUGGGCGUUGUGUACCCGGCAGGAGAAGGACUCGCUCCUCAAUCAAUUGUUGCUGUGCACAGCAACAGCUUGCCAUUCAAGGCACUUUUGUUCGUCAGCGAGAACAAAAUCGUAGCUGGUGGCCACAAUUGCAACUUGAUUGUGUUUGAGGGAGACGUUCAGGGCUGGCGUGAAGCCAAAAAGGUGGAAAACCAGACCGAUUUGACGGCGGCUCCUCCUUCGACGGCCGGAGACGAUGAAGAAGACGAGAUGUCGUCACACGAUGCUUUGAAAAUGUUCAAGCAGCUUGACCUUAAGGGCAGAGUGACGAAGCCUUCGCCUCGCGGAGCUGGCCGGGCAUUGGCUACGAUUCACCAGAAUACGAUCGCCAGCAUCCGGUCGUACUCGCCCUCGCAAGUCAGCACCUCGGGCAUUGACGGCAAGGUGGUCAUUUUCGACAUCUAG